GGCGGUUUGGGUUCCUGUGAAGCAUUUGGCAAGAAAUGUCAAAUUAUUGGACGGCGGUGUAAGCUGCAUCGUGAAGUUGUGAACUUCCACAUUUGUUCUACUGGCAAAACGAAGGGUGCCAGUGGUAGAACGACCAACCUGUCUUGGCUGUCCCCGGAGAAUUCAAUGGGAAUUCCCAUUAUCUGUGAAAAGUAAAUACAGGUAGUAGCUAACUUGCCUAGCCAAUAAUGCUAGCUAUCACGGUAAAAUACCCAUUUUAGAUACUUAGGACGUUUUGCCACUCUUGGAAAUACAUCAAUUUAACGAAGAGACAACAACAAUUCCGCCUAAUCUCCUCACAUGUGUGUGCACCCACCCAGAGGUUUACUGCAGCAGCAUGGAUCCUGUUAUCGAGUUCAAACUUCAGACCUUGGAUGAGAAAUCACAGGAACUUUUGAAAGCAGCGUUAGUGGACCCUCGCUCGGUGGAUUUGGAGAAAGCGUCCAAUGUUAUUGUGGACCAAGCGUUGAAGGAUGGCUCUUUUUGCAAAGAAGCUGGGAGGAUCAUCUUUACACUGAUCAAGGAGGAAUCCAUCUUCAGCAACACUACAGUGUUCCGCCGGAACCUGCUCAACCGCAUGCAGCGAGAGUUCCUGGCUCGAGAGGAGAAGCGGAAAAGCUCUCUGUCGCAGUGGAUCUGUCUUGUUAACUUCAUAUGCACUGUGUUUGACUACCUCAAGGUGAACGACGAACCCAUGGCAGCUCUUGUUCAUCCUGUGUACGAUUGUUUGUUCAGGCUAGCACAACCAGAUGCUCUUACCAAUGAAGAAGAGGUGGACUGCCUAGCCAUGCAGCUGCACCGCGUGGGCCAGCAGCUGGAGCGCAUGGAGGCGGGCCGCAUGGACGACCUGUUCUGCGCGCUGCGCGACGGCUUCCUGCUGCAGGCGGGCCUCAGCUCCAUGACGCGCCUGCUCCUGCUGGAGGUGCUGGAGUUCCGGGCCGGCGGCUGGCUGCUUAGCGACUGCGCCCACAACUACUACUACAGCGAGGUGGCCAACUGAAGGGAGAUCGGCCGGGCCGGUGCAGCCAGCCGGCCAACCAGUCAGCUAAAGGUAACACUUAACUUGACGCCGGUGUCAUAUGCAUGUCAUAAUAGUGUCAUGUCACAGUCGUAGAUAAGUCAUAAACAUUAUGUCCAUGUCAUAAACAUUUUAUGACUGUUGGCCUUAAGUGACAUUUGGUUAUGGUAAAGACAACCUUGGGUGCCAUGACGCUAUUAUGACACUGUAAUGACAUGCUUAUGACACCGGCGUCAAGUUAAGUGUUAGCCAGCUAACUAAUCCGCCCCAGUUAGGCGGCCACUGACAAGCAAUGAUUGACAUCUAAGCUUUAAGGCAGCUAGUCAGUUCCAGUUAGGUAGCCUAGUGACUGGCUGAAAAGUCAUACAGUAAAACAAAUGAACAUUCAUUGCUAGUCAUUUCAGUGGCUGAUUGGCUUUCAGAUAUAGUAGUUAGUACAGCUCUAAGAGUGCGUCUUAAUAUGCGACCUUGCCUCCUCCACUUGCUUCUCGUCAUGAUGACAUCACUGACAACAGCAUUAUAUUUCAAUAUCUUGCAAAAGCUCAAUUGUAGAGUCUUUUUCUCAUUUGCAAUUGGGAUGGUGAAUGAAAAACAGUCCCUCGAAAGUUGUUGUGGCUAGGCUGACAGCUGGGAAACUUUAUCGUUUUCUCCACGGAGGAGGGGCCAGGAGGCGGGACGAGGAGACAAGCGCAAGUGGAGGAGGCAAGGUCGCAUAUUAAUACGCACUCUAAGUCAUUUGGAGUAUGUGGCACUGGGCUGUGAACCAAUGAAUCCAGGUUGCCCAUCAUUGCUAGUCAGCCAGUCACUGGGAGAGCUUAGGGGUGCAUUUCUCAAAACCAAAGUGGCUUACUACAUUAGCUACUUUGUUGUUUUCAAUGCAUUUUCCCAUUGGCAACUACCGAAGUUGCUAACAGGCUAACAACUUCUCUUUUGAGAAAUGAACCCCUGAGCUGUACUACUACUACUACAAGGAGACAGUCAGUCACUGCAAUGACCACCAAUGAAGGGCUAGAUGUACAAAAAAAAGUAAUGUUCAUUUGUUUUAUUGUAUCUUGCAUAACAAAGAAAAUGACAAUGACUCACACAGUCAGUCAGAUGUUAAAUGUUCAUUUGGUUGUUGUUUUUUUUAACUAUAAGUUAGUGGAGCAUGUAGGGAGCCAAUUGGUGGUCCUCAUUUGACUGGUGGAAAGAACGUAUCCACCCGCAUGCUUUCCAAAGUGCAUUCUGGGUAGAAAAUGUUGCAUUUGGGAAAAGACUUGAAGACAUUCGUUGCAAAAUGGCGUAUAUACAUUUUUGACAUUAUAUACAAAUUGACAUUUUUGUAUUGGGCGUUAACAAUCGAGUCCACCUUCUACAAUAUUUUAAAAAUCAGACUGUAUUACUUGAGUUAGUUGAAGGCAAGGUACACGUUUUUAAAAUCAAUAUUUUUUUUUGAUUAAGUUCAGCGCAUAAAUAAAGGUUGAAACUGAUGAAGAAAUGCAGCAUAUCUACCAUAAGAUUAUGAGGGAUUUUUGCAGGUUUCUUACAUGUUUUAAGGUCAUUUUGCAAACAGUGGUCUAUCGGAUAGGUCUUCUUGCAAACAAAAUGCAUUUAUAUAGGGUUCAAAAAGCAUGUUCUCACAAUAUUUUAAUGGAAAGAAUUCACCCAUAAAUAAAGAACAGUCAUUUCAGAUGAUAAAAUGCAGAAGUCAAAAAAUGGCUUAACAAAGAUCUUCAUUUCCAGCUCCAUAUCUAACCAUAAUGCAACAUUGCCAGCCCAAAAUGCAUUUCUGAUCGCAUGCAGGUGCACCUGUUUCUACGGCCCCGUUUUGAGAUGCCGCAUGCUGAGAAAAUUGUGCAAUCACAAUUGAUUCUGGUCAAAAAUUCAUAACCAGAAUGCAUUGUAAUUUCGCAAUGCACAUACACAUCGCACAGAUUUUCGAUUUUUUUUUUUUCGGCCUGCGCCAUCUCGAACAAGCCCUACAACUCGAGUGAGGCCUAUGUGACUUACGGUAACCUCUCAUGGUGUACUGUGUAGUGAGUGAAUAAAUAUAUUGGACAAAGGGUAAUGUAAUCCUCUUCAGGGUCUUGUACAAGUGGUAGGGGAUAUUAUUGGAUAGAAUGGCUAAGACCGUUGAAUGGACAUCUAAUGUGAGACUAUGGAGGGGGAGGUUUGGUUGAUGUUAGCAAGGUUUGUUUUAUGUUAAAACAUGGUGUUGACCGACUCCUGAAUCGAGAUUAGAAGUUGGCGUUCUUUUCCGAACAUGCUGAAAAUGGAGUGUGGAAACUUUUUAACUGGUCACUGUUUGUGCAGUUGCACAAGUUCAUUUCUGUGACCAUAACACUGGAUAACUUUUUCUUGUGAGAAUGUGAAAACCAGCCUCAACUCUCCCACUGCCUGUACAACAGAGGGUGUUUUUCUUUCUUUCUUUCUUUUAAAGCAUUUAAGGCCUUCCUCAUACAUUUCUUUUGUUAUUGUUGUUUGCAAUAUAAUUUUAAAGAAUUUCUAUAAAUUGUACUGUGUUAAUUAAACAUUCCAUUUAUCUGGCUUUAACUGCAACCAAUCAGCACAAUCCGUUGAGGGUUUUUUCCAUCUGUUUUUUUGACUGCAACCAAUCAGCACAAUCCAUUGAGGGUUUUUCCAUCUGUGUUAUUUUGUUACAAGUUACAGUUGUUUGUGUCUCUCUGGGGAUUUGAUGCCAGCAGUAUCCUACAUUUAAAUAUUAAUGGUUUAAAAGCAGUUUACGUUUUGUUUUUAAGUAUAACUUAGUUAAACAGAUGUAGAAAUUAACCUUUUGACUUUCUGAACCGCUCUCCAGUGGUCUUUUGGUUCUAUGGGUUUUCUUUGGUUUCUUUUGUAAGCCUGUUUGGCAGUUGUGCUCCCAUUGUGGUAUGACGGUGUGUAAAAUAAUGAGCAUUUCAGGGACUUUUUGGUUGCAAUGUACUUUUUAAGUUUUUGAAUAAAGACGUUUGCAAAUA